CGCCAUGUUUUAGUCUGGUAUCCAGUUUUCAUAUCCAUGGUUUGUCUCAACGUAGCGUGAAAUGUGUCUCCUUUUAGCAAAGGGACACUUACGUGGUUCGUGCUAGAUAACGGUCUUAUUUUACUGAAAGUUUCUUUUCGUCGCUUUGAGAUUAUUUUGAUGUUGUACUCUGUUUAUUAAAGAUUCCGAUUGUAAAACGCAUUAUUUAUUGGCCAAGAGCGUCCAUUUCGUCUCUAACGUUACUAGAGUGUCCGCUUACCCUCCCCUCGAUGAAGCGUUGCGAUGCCCUCUGAUUUUAUAUCCCUCUUUAGUUCGGAUCUCGAUCUCAAUUCCCCUAAAUCACUAUACUCAAAAGAAUCAGUAUAUGACCUCCUCCCCAAAGAGCUCCAGCUUCAGCCGUCGUCCUCUCAGACCAACACAGCCACCAUGAGUCAGAAGAGUGGGGGAGAGGCAGGGCCUCCCCCUUCCACAGCCGUGGCCUCAGAUGCCACCUCUUCCACCUCCAAUCCUUCCGCCUCUUCCUCCCUGGCCAUCGGAGCCCCGUCCACUGGCCCCUCUACUUCAUCUUCAGACCAUCUCCAGGUCCCCCAGCAUCUCCACUCCACUGGAGGGGAUGGAGCAGGAGCUUCAGAGAUGCAAGAAAUGGAGGGUGGUGUGUCUGGCCCCAGCAGAGUCACCAGUGGAGCGCCCACUGGAGACAUGGGGUCAGCAGUGUUGUCAGGACUAGGAGUCCAGCAGCCUCAAACCACCCCAUCGAAGCGGAGGCCCGUGUUGAGCAUAUCCCCACCACCUGAGGACCUGUUUGAUGACAGCCAAAUGUCUUGCCAAGAGGAGCCCACUGUUUCUGGUCCACCUGGUCCAGACUCCGAGCACAGCAGCAGCAUGUGGGCAGAUGACUCUGUCUCCAACUUCAGCUUGGUCAGCUCUGCAUCCUACAAUGACAACACAGAGGUGCCGAGAAAAUCCAGAAAACGGACCCCCUGCCAGCGGCCCGGUCCCAAGCCUGCUCCCCUGGAGGACAGCAUGGAUGUGUUUGAUGCCGACAGCGCCAAGGCCCCUCACUUUGUUCUUUCUCAGCUGGGCACAGACAAGACCAGUGCCAUGGCAAGCUCUCUUGAGUCGGGGACUGCUGUGAAGAGUGGGUCACUCUCUGCUCAGUUUCCGCAGAAAAGUGAUGGGAAGGAGCUAAAGAUCCUGGUGCAGCCAGAGACCCAGCACAGAGCUCGCUAUCUCACCGAGGGCAGCAGAGGUUCUGUCAAAGACCGCACACAACAAGGAUUCCCCACUGUCAAGCUGGAGGGCGUGAGUGAACCUGUUGUGCUACAGGUGUUCGUAGCGAAUGAUGCAGGCAGAGUAAAGCCUCACGGUUUCUACCAGGCCUGCAGAGUGACCGGACGCAACACCACUGCCUGCAAAGAAGUGGACAUUGAGGGCACCACUGUUAUUGAGAUUCCUCUAGAGCCCAGCAAUGACAUGACACUUGCUGUGGACUGUGUAGGAAUUUUAAAGCUUCGUAAUGCAGAUGUGGAGGCCCGCAUUGGUGUGGCCGGGUCGAAGAAGAAGAGCACCCGCGCCAGGCUGACCUUCAGAGUCAACAUCCCCCAACCUGAUGGAUCUGUCCUCACACUGCAGGUCCCCUCAUCACCCAUUCUCUGCACCCAACCAGCAGGAGUGCCAGAGAUCCUGAAAAAGAGUCUCCACAGCUGCUCAGUGAGAGGAGGAGAGGAAGUUUUCAUCAUCGGAAAGAACUUCCUGAAAGGAACCAAAGUUAUUGUUCAGGAGAACAUUGCAGAUGACAGUUCCUGGCAAGCUGAGGCAAAGAUUGACAUGGACCUAUUCCAUCAGAACCAUUUGAUAGUGACUGUUCCUCCAUUCCACAACCAAUCAAUCACUGCUCCUGUUUCUGUGGGAAUUUUUGUGAUGACCAACGCUGGUAGAUCACAUGAGGCCCAGCCCUUCACUUACACUCCAGACUCUGGUACGGUCGCUAGUUCAAACACAGGUGAUAACUCAAAUAUCCAGACGGUUAAAACAGAGGGAUCCUCCCUGGUUGAGGCCUGUUUGUUUGAUGGCCAGAUGAAGUCGAUGUCUGCUGAGCGAACUGAAUGCUCUGCUCAGUCUUCUAAACAAGAGGACACGCCUAUGGAGGUGUCUAGCAAUCCACCCCCCACAGAUGUUUUUAAGUCGGACCCUGAUCCGCUUGUCUCCGUACAGCAGACUCUGGAGCUCAGCCCUGGUUCUCUUUCCACUGGAGAUUCCUUUCGAAACCCAAUGCCCCUACAACCUGAAGAUGUGGACCUUUCCCAGGCGCCACCUGUCUUUCCUAGCCUGGAGUCACUCAGCAUUAUACAAAAGCAAGAAAUUUCCCCUGCUCCUUCGUUCCCAGUGUCAGCAGACACCACAAUCCCCCCGGUGACCCCAGAGGUCCCUCAGCAGUUCCUCAGAGAUCCACAGGAGAGUCUGCCACCUGAAAAUUCUAGCAGUAGUGGUGGAGUUGUGGUUAUGGCAAUGCCUCAAAUGGCAACGCCUUCUCAGUCCCAGUCACAACAGCCACAGGUUUCCCUUUUCCCCCAAGAAGGGGUAACUCAGCUAGAGAGGGCGGUGAGGGAGCUACAGGCUGGAGGGAACACACUUCAGCAGGUGCUGGAGGCAGCUGUAGCUCAGCAGCAACUAAACUCUGUGCUUUACAGCCCAGCACCCUCUGCAGACUCGCUCCAGCAACAUGUCCAGGAGAACAUGAACAGUCUUAGACUGGGAACUACAGAGAGUCCAUUAACUACUCAGCUACAGAUACAACAGCAAAUGCAACAACAACAGCAUCAGUUUCAACAGCAUCAACAACAACAAAUCCUUGGCAACCUUCAACAACAGCAGCAGCAGCAGCAAGUCCUUAGCAACAUACAGAUGCAACAGCAAAUAAUACUGCAGCCACAAGACCAACAGCAACUACAGCAGCAGCAGCUGAUGGAAAAUAUUCAACAGCAGCAACAGAAUUUGCAGUUGCAACAAAAUCAGCAACAAGUCCUAAACAAUAUUCAGCUUCAGGAGCAGCAACAACAAAAUCAAAUUCUUACCAAUUUACAACAACUUCAGCUACAACAACAGCAGCAGCAACAACAACAACAAAAUCAAGCUUUGAGCAGCUUACAACAGCAACAACAACUACAAGAGCAAGAGGUCUUGAAGAAUUUGCAGCAGCAUCUACAGGCGGAGUUGCUUCAGCCCCAGAUCCACACCUCCCCCCAGGUCCAGCAGUCCGUGUCUCUGCUUCAGCAGGCUGGAGAGCUCCUCAGCAUUCAGCCGAGCUUUCCUGCACAGCCUCCAUCCCACACGUCUCCCCCACAGCAGCUCUUCCAGACACCCAGGCCAAUGGCUGAGACCCAAAGUUCCCAACAACAGGUCCAGGUCACCCUGCUCCAGAAUACAUUAACCGUUCUGACUGGUGGCAGCCUCAACUCAGAGCAGCAGCCCAAUGGGUCGGCCCUUUACCUGUCCUCCAACCCUCAGCCCCAACAACAGCAGCAGCUGGCAUUCCUCUCUUCAAUGGAGACCUCUGCUAGCCAGCCCCAGACAGUAUCCAUUUUUCAGAACCAACCCCAAGCUCAGCUUUCUCAGAUGCAGCAACAGAGCACCCCGAUGGAGCAGCAGCAGUCUUCUCAGCAGAAUCAACCACAGCCACCACAGCUGCCAAUGGGCCAGCAGGGGGCUUUGUUCCAAAGUAUCUCAAACCACUCGCAAGCAAAUCCUGUCCCUCAGAACCAACUCUCCCAACCUCAGCAGACAGGCCUCCUCCUCUGCGCCACAGAUCUUAACCCCCAGGCUAUUCCACCAGCUAUUCUAUUCAGCACCCAGACCCAGGGGCCUUCCCCAAUGGGUAGCAUCAGCGUUGGAAUCACCCAGCAAGACCCAGCAGAGCCCAUGUCCUUUCAAGACCAGAGCUCGUCAGGCAGCAACUCCACAUCCACCGGGAACCCACAGCAAAGCCUGUUCCAGGAGCAGCAGCCAAUGCAAGUGGGACCAAGCUCUGACAGCGUCUCAGGCAGUCAACCUGUGGAGCUCUUCCUGCCACAGACGUCCCUGUCUGGCCUGCAGAACAGCAUUGGCUCACAAGAGCUGAGCAACCAGGCUCCAGCAGCAAGCACAACCAUAUUUGUGGUCCAGGGUAGCAUGGGUGUGGUAGCUAAUCCGGGCCAGCAGCCCCCACAGCAGCUCUUCCAGACAGCUGUGGGAGGAAAUGUGGCUCCACAAGGACAAGCCAAUCUGUUUGUGUUUGGCAUCCAGAAUGACUCACCGCAGCUGCUCAACUCUUCUGGACCCACUCUGCCAGCUCCGAGCCAGCCCCAAAAUGCUGGCCACAUGCAGCCUCUGCUGGACCAGCCCAUAGCCCAGGCGGCCUCCUCGAUGCCAGCCAGCAUGCAUGGCAGCAUGCAAAACACCCUCCAAGCCCAGAUGCAGUCCACCUUGGAGAAUGCCUUGCAGAGCAGACUGCAAAAUGCAUUGCAGACAAACCCGCAAACGGAUCUGCAGUCCAGCUUAGAGGCAACCAUAGAAACGAGCCUGCCUGCUCCAAUGCAGAUGCAGACGCAGAUGCAGAGCAGCUUACAGAAUCAGUUGCAAGCAUCGAUAUCCGCAUCGUCCAACAUGGAUAAAAUUGAGGACCUACUGGAAAGUCUACAGAAGCAGUGAUAAAUAUUUGGACCUUGUGGUUACUAAGCAGAGCGAGUGAUAUGUAGCUGGAAGGAACACGUUAACAUCAAAAAAACACAAUGGUGGUGCAUGGUGUUCUGUGCCAAUGCCACAAAAAAUUUAAAAUAUUUAGGAAUUAAAUUCCCCUUUUAUCUAAACCACCAAAUUAUAAUCUCAUCUAACUCCUUGUUUUUAAUCUAAUAUUUAUCACUAAUUAUAGCCUUGUCAUGGAGUUCACAAAUUUGCUUUUGUUGUCCCUCAUGCAGGAUCAGAGGGGCCUGUAAUAGCUGCUUUAAUCUGAAAAAAAUGCAGUGUUAGAGUAUUUUAAUAAUGUGAGCGUGAGAGGAGUUGAAACCUGCCGUCUUUGGUGGGAACAUGGAACGGAAUAAAGAAUGUCAGCUGUAGUGACACGGGAAUAGUAAUGUGAAUGAGGCUGUAAGAGCGGAGUGGAUGAAACAGCCAGCCAUGAAUAUCAGAUUGCACAUAAUUGUCAGACGUACAUGUAGGCAGAAUUCCGUUGUUCUUUUUUUGUUUUUUUUGGAGUUUGCAACCUUCAAGCAUUCACUUCCUCCACAGAUGUGUGAGGCGAUGAGUUAUUUUGUCUGUCCAUCAAGUGGAGCGACCGUGAAAGCAGUUCCUGGCAUAAAAGCGAUCACAGCCACUCCAUUAAGACUUCUUAUGCCAUGAAGAACAUGAGCUCUUUUGCAAUUAUUCAAAUCUAUUGUUUGCUUACGCCAAAAAUGUUCUCAAUUAUAUAUUUGCUAAAUCGUACUCCAAGAGUGAAGACGAUCAAAUUGGGCUCAUAUACAGAACCCUUUGCCUCCAUCAAAUUUGCUGGCGUGGCUGAAGUCUGCAGCUGAUCAGACUACAAUCAACAAAAAGAAAAUGAACUGCAAAUUGGCUCUGCAGGGCAGACGGUCGCAUGCAGGAGGAGGCAGGAUGAAACCCUCACUAAUAGGAUGAAACCUGGCACGUAAUGUGACUUUCAUUGGGCACCUACCAGUGUUUUUCUAGGUUUCGGCCUCGUCGCUAGGUUUGCAGCAGCUUUGUCAGUGAAAUCUUAAGAAGCGUUCAACUAUGUAGUUUGUAUAUUUUUGUUUUGAAGAACUUGGUAACCUUUACCAAUUCAAUGUGGAUAGUGAGAAGCUUUCCACUAGUGAAAAUGGAGUGUUGUGUGGUUUUAUAAACAUUUUAUCUCAAGCACUUUAUAACCUCUUUUGUGUAACCAGAUAAUCCUUAUAUCCGUCCACAGCUCUCUACUGACCCAGGUGAAUUUAUACUCUGAAACAUCCAGUUAGGGGAAAAAAAGAGAAAACAGACACAAGUUGUCUUUGUUAAAGGUAAAAACAUCUUACCAAGCAUUUUUACAUUUUUCUCAUGUCAGAAUAUUUUUGAGGUGUGGGAUAACUUUGUAUAGAACGUCUGCUCACUGUUGAAUCCCUCUUUGUAUCCAGUCUAUGGUCCAGUCGAGUCUGUCCCAAAACAGCCAUUCCCACAAAAAGCAGUCUCGUUUCAGUGUUGGGGUGGUAGCUAGGCCUUUGUGUUUGGAACACUGGCAGAACACAAACGCAAAACUGAUUCACUGUCUGUCCAGUAAACUGAAGGAUUUAGUUCAUUACGCUAUUUGUACUAUUUACUGUUCAAAUCUUGUCACUUUUACCUUGUGUUGUGUUGAGAUAUUUAAGUUUGUGUCUCGGUGUUGGUACCAUGUAAAGUUGGCACCCAUGACCCGCUCCGUACGUGGUGAACAGGGACCCACUGAUGAAAGAAAUCUGUUACGUGGAGGCGCCAUUUUGAUUCAUGCCUACGGUGCUAUGUACAGGAGUGGAGGGCACUUCUGACGGGACGUUAGUACGUUCUACUAACCGACAGCGCUGACGUUUGAAGCGGAGCCGAGUGGAGGGCUGGCUGUGGCCGUGUGGUCCGACGGGCGAACCAAAGCUCCUGUUGUGAAAAGCCCUCGUGAUGUUUACUCAUAUUUUUACAUGCUCGUAUAAAUUAUGCAGCUUUUACUGAGAUAAUUCAGCACGCUGUGCAGGUUUUACUAUAGGUCAUGGAAGGUACUUCUCACUAACAUUUCCACAGAUACAGUUCUUUUUUUUUUCUUUUUGAUGCAGAACAACACUGCUGUGCUUUCCAUAUCCUAACAGUAGCCAAUGUGGCAUCAUCAGCAAGCCAGACUUUGAAAUUUGAAACAUUAAUAGCAACUUUACGUCGUUUACAUUUUCAUAGUGAUACUAUUUUGUCCUGUUAGUAACUUAUCUUUUUUAGAAUUUUUGUAUCCAUCUAUCAAAAUGUAUUUUUGUAAAACUAAACUUUUUGGUUGAUGCUUGUAGCACAGAAUAUCAUUGUUGAUAUGUGUUCCUGAACUAAAGCGCAGGUUUGUUGUGAAGUGUGUGUGAAUGACAUUUUGAAGUGGACGCUGAGCAGAUGUUAAAACUUAACUCUAGUGUUUUAACAUUAUCCAAACUGUACAAUGUAAAGCAUGGGCUAGGUUUCUUUUCUCUUUUCCUCCAUCUCAAAUGGCACUUUGACUUAUCCAUUAACUGUAGAUCAGGUUAGCGCGCAGGGGUGAUCUUUCCGAGCAUUCCGUCCCUCCUGGGUAGGGGAGUUUUAAGAGCACAUGAUGUUGCCGGGGAAGCACGGAACAAUAAUGCCUCUUAAAGCCAUACCAACACAGAACGCCUCCCUGUGACUUCACCUUCAUGAAUGUAAAUUUACCUCAUGGUGUGGACAUAGAGCUCGCUCUACAUCUAACAUCGGACCAAUAGCCGUUGUAGAGGACAUAUAUUUUGGAGGCCGGGGGAUGGGCGGGGUGGCACCGACUGUCAUUGAUGUCACUGUACUUUUGUUGGUUCAUCUUGGGUUCGUGGUGUAAAUUCACGUUCGUCACCUCCGUUUGUUUUCAUUUUCGAGCGAUCCACGAUGCUCCGUCUUGCUCUUCAAAUCGUCACUUCCGCUUUGAACAAACGUUGUGAAACUUUGAUUUAAUAUGGGUGAAGAUAGCACACAAAUCUAUACAUGAUAUUGGUUUUGUCCUUCAGUCAUGUAAAUGAAUAUCCAUGUAUAUUUAAAUGUGAAAUAUACUGCAGGGGUAUCUUGAAUUACAAUUGUGAUGCUUUCAACAGAACUUUGUGUGCCUUGAUAACUUAACCGUUACUGUGCUGUGUUUACUGGUGUCCCUUUUGUUUCAUUACAACUUGGCUCUUUGUCACUUUUAUUCUCCAAGACUGUUUAACAUCAAAACAAUUUUCAGUGAUUCAACCUUAUUUCCAGAAGACAAGCAUACCCACAGCCCAUCCAAUAUAGUUGUGUUAAUAUUGUCUAUCUAUUGUCUAUUUGAAAACCCAUCACAAGAUAUCCGUGAUUACUCUCAACCUGAUAUUGUGCAGCUUAAGCAGUGAAUCGUCAACUAGGUUAUUUUGUUAGACCUUUUUUUUUCAUGCCUCAUGAGAUCUGUACAUGUGAGGUAAAAGGGACAAGACAGUGGAGAUUGUUUCAUGGAGCGCUUUCUUGUGUUGAUGUGCUUUUCAACAUUACUAUUGUUGCUGUGAACUGCUUGAUCAAAAGGAGCAACCAUGACAAAUUAACCGUUAAUUGCCAAUAGUGUGAGCUGUAUCUCGUGUGUAAUCAGUUUGCUCACUUUUCCUAGUUCGCUUUCUAUUUCACAUUCAACAGUUCGGUUGUAUUCGUUCUGUGUAGCUUGAGCUUUAGUAUCUAGCCUUAAAACCCUGCAGUAGGGAUAAAGGUCAACCCCAGUGUGUUACCAUACAUCUAAACUAUUAUUAACAUGUACUUUGCCUUGGUCUGGACAUUUGUAUACUCUUCUGUUUAUCUGUAAUCUUGCUGCUACAUUAAAUGAAUUAAUAAAAAUCUAAACCUCUUGA